CUUCACUGUAACAAUACAAUAAAUUGAAGAUUGGUGGCUUUCUCUUCUUCUUCUUCUUUAAACUAGCGUCGAAGAUAUACAAAGAGGGGGUUUAAACAAGUGAUAAGAGAAUGGAAGAUUAAGAAAUAAAAAUAAAGACCGAGAGGGGGUGGAAAUUGACGUUCGGGGGGAGGAUGACAUGCAGGAAAAAGGUUUGCAAAGCUAAAAUUAAGGACAAGAAAACAGGGAUGAGGAGAAGUGGCUACCGGUGGCGAUAUAAUUUAGAUCGAGAGAGAGAGAAGUGAAUCAUGAGCCAGUGAGCACUGAGCAGCUUUUUCUAGGGGAUGUAGGGUUUUCUUUAAGCCAUUUGAUUUCUCAGUGUUGGUAAGAUAUAUGUGAAAGGGCAAAACAAUACUCAUUUUUUAUUGCUAAAAAGAAAAAAUUUAACAAUAAACUAAUGCAUGGAUUCUAAUGGGCUAACCGCUAACCAUAGAAUAAAAGUGUUAAAUGGGUCUGACUCAUACGGGAUUUGACCAUCAAGUUUCAAGUAAAACAAAUGAACAUCAUGGGUUUGUCAUCCUAAAACGUGCUAUUUUCUCUAGCAUAACAUAUAUUAUUCUAUUAUUUUAUAUCUUAGUGGUUAAAAUAUAAUGUAUUUUAAAGUUAUUAAAUCGUCCAACCUUGACCAACCUGAUUAGUUCAAUUUUUAUAAUUUCAAAUAUAUAUUAUGUAAUUAUUUGAUAUCCUAAUGAUUAAAUUAUAGUGUAUUUUAUAGGGGAUUUUUUAUUCGUUUUCUGGAAUUCGAUUUCUAUAAAAUUUACUCCACCUCAUCAUAUUACCAAAAAUAAUAUUGUUUCACAAGGUAACAUGUACUCGAACUUGGUUCAUAAGGUUGAUUUUUUGAUUCGUUGCAUCAUCCAUGCAUCUUUCCUGCUACAAUUCACUAUUUUUAUCAUGUGUUUCAAAAAAAAAAAACCUACACAACAUUAAGCUAUACACCCCAUUACAAUCUCAAAUUUCAAAUCUCACCUUCCUCCGGCCAAUUGGCUGGGUCCCACUUAUAGAAAAUGUUUGUAUUCCUUCUUUCCCGAGAGAAUAAUUUGGUUUGAUACGUUUUAAGGGUCAGGCAGACAAAUGCCACUUUGGGCUUUAUCAGCAGAGUGGACCUUUUCUUUCAAUAAUGGUGCUUUAGGCUUAGGGGUCGUUUGCAGGGGUAAAAAAAAGUAAAAAACAAAAACAUUUGCAGGGAUAAUUGUUAAUUGUCCCUUAAUCUGACCUUUCAUUUUCUUAAUGGAAAAUGAGUUAAUAAUGGAUUCUUAAUCAGCUAUUAGGCGAUGACACUUUUCAACACAGGCAGGCAGCAGCACAUUAGAUAAAGACUGGUGGAAGCUCGUCGUGAGGGAAAGAGUCUUUUCCUUUUCGUUGUUCUGUUCUGCUUUGCUUUUCCUUCCCUUUCCUGCAAAAACCUCUCGCACAGGUAAAUCAAUCUACUUGAGAAUUCCUCUUCUUCCGAGAACAUGUUAAAAGAUCCGACCUUUUUGCUUGUCAUGGCUGAUCUUCUCUUCUCUUCCCUCGCAAUUUCCCAUUUCCUCAUUCUUUGAAUUUCGAUUGCUGCAACUUGGGCAGCUUCUUGAUUUCCAAUUUGGGUGUUUUUUUUGCCUCGAUUUGUUCAUUAGUUAGUGUUUGAGCUGUUAGACUUUCCCGCUAUUAUGUUUUCUUUCCGAUCAGAGUUUCCAUAUCUUACACUUUUGUGAGGGGGAGAAGGGAGGAGGAAACUUAAAUUGGGUACUUUCACUGUUAGGCAAUCAAGUUCAGACAUGGGUUUGUCUCAAGAGAAGAUUACUGUAGUUAGAUUGCAGUAUGUGAUUGCUCUCCGCAUAUGAUUUACAGCUUCAUAUUCCUUUUUGUUUAUCAUGACAGGUGCUUUAACAUAUUCACUCAACCUCACAACUUACUCAAGUGACAACACUUUGGGUCAUCAUUCUGUCAAAUAACUAGAGUUUCAAUGGGAUCAGAAGGGACUGUGCCUGCUUCUGAAGCCUCUGAUGGACCUUCCUGCGUAACAGUCCACGUAACGGGGUUCAAGAAAUUCCAUGGAGUGUCCGAGAAUCCCACGGAGACGAUUGUUUGCAACCUGCAGGAGUACAUGAACAAGAACGGGAUGCCGAAAGGUCUGGUCUUAGGGAAUUGUCAUGUGCUUGAAACUGCAGGACAAGGUGCAGUUGCUCCUCUUUACCAGACAUUGCAAUCUGCCAUACCUUCUGAGAAUUCCAAUCCUUGUGAUUCUGGGAAAGUUAUCUGGGUGCAUUUCGGGGUGAAUAGUGGGGCCACAAAGUUUGCAAUCGAGAAUCGAGCUGUUAACGAAGCUACUUUUCGAUGUCCUGAUGAGAUGGGAUGGAAACCACAGAAACUACCCAUUAUUCCUUCAGAUGGUGAGAUUUCACAAGUUAGAGAGACCGCUCUUCCUGUGGAGGAGAUUACAAAUGCCUUGGCAAAGAAAGGUUUUGAAGUAAUGACCUCGGAUGAUGCUGGCCGAUUCGUGUGUAAUUAUGUUUACUACCAUUCGCUUCGCUUUGCAGAGAAGAACCUGACUAAAUCACUAUUUGUUCAUGUACCUCUAUUCUUAACCAUUGAUGAGGAGACCCAAAUGCAGUUUGCUGCUUCCUUAUUGGAGGUACUUGCUUCUCUAUUGUAGUAACAUGGUCUAUUUACAUCCAUAUGUGUGUCUCGAAUGUUGUUAUGGACAUUAUGAUAAGCUUGUAUUGCCCAUUGGCCUUGUUUAUGCAAAAAAAAAAAAAAAAAAAAAAAAAAAAAGGUGUGGAAAUGGUUCUAUAAACAGAAGAGUGUUAUGAUGAUUGUUCGAAGUGUAAAUCUCUUCCUUCAACUUGGUCUUCAUAAAGCUGCAGUCCUUCAGUUCCUCUUACUAGUUUCUUUAUGACAAUUUGUAAGGAACUGAUAGAAAAAGCCUGCAAGGUGUGUUAUCUUUAUGGAUAUGGCUUGUUAGGAUAGGAACAAAGAAAAUGAACUCACUCCUGCGACUAGUGUUCAAAAUGCUCUUCCACUUUGUGGAAUAAAUUGUACAGUUUCUU